UAGUCGGCGGCUUGCACAGCUGUUAUUUCAUUAUUACGUCAAAACAAAAAGUGUGUGGUGUCGAAAUAUAUAAAUGUGUUAAAUGAAAAGCGAGAUAAACAUUUAAAGCAAAGCUUAAAGGAAAGCUGUAUGAAAAGCCUUUAGGAGAGCAGGGUAAACGUGAAAACAUGAUGUUGAUGGUCGCGCAACAGGCGUCUUGACAGACAUUGGGCGCAGGAACUUAAGUGAAGACAUUCAGCCAAGGUUGAAUACAGUGCAUCCCAAACUGCUUGAUAGACAUGCAGUUUUCAUCUGCCGCCGAAUCUUAAAUCCCACCGUCAAGUUCAAAAUCACUGCGCUCGGGCGUUCUCUUCGGCUGACAUUCGUACUUCAACACACGAGCACAGAAACUCACCACGCUCAAAGCGACGACCGCGCGCAGGCGUAGCAAGCUACGUGCGCAGACAGCGGUAAAACGCGGAACACUUCGCUGAAGCUGCUGCAGUUGGACGCAAGCAACGCGCUUUGUCCGUCUCCUCAACAAUCUCGUCCCGUCGAAGUUCGCCAAUCCGCGUGUGUGCAUGUCUGUCAGCAUAUCUCUGCAUCCACCUGAGUAACUGUAGCCAUAGCCGUAUCCGUAGCUGUAGCUGUGUUGUCUUUUAGCGAAUCGAAACCCAUGCCUAGAAUAAUGCUGUUCAACGUCUAACAAUUUUGUUCACGUUUCAUCAAGUUUUGCAGUUUUGCAGUGCAAUUGCAACAGCAAGGGCUUGAGUUCACGCUUAACGCUAGGCACUUGUUUUCAGCCGACGAAUAGAAAACCCAAAUCAACCGAAAUCUAAAUCAAAACAAACCAAAACAAAAUAAAAAGAUAUAAACAAAAUGGCCUGCUUAAGUACUUCCGGUCGCGUCGCGUGCGGUUCGCGUAGCCACAAAUUGAUCUGUCGCCUAUUCCUGAACCACAGCCCGCAUAGUCGGCAGAGCAGCAGCCAGCUGCUGACGGGCGACACCACGGCAGGACACCCAAGGGAAUACAGAGCAACGCCCAAUCAGCAGGUGGCUCGCAGCUUUCAUGGAUUAACUCUCGGCAUUAACCAGGAUUACCUCAAUCUGCUGCAAACCUCACACAGCUGCAGCCAGCCGCCAAAUCUUCGCUCACACAGCUCCGUGCACACACAGCAGCCGGCUGGACCCGUGAGAGAAAUACAAAUUGAUCCAUACAUAAUACUCGAUGAUGAGCUCAAGUAUUUCUACGAUGAUGUACGAGAUUUACUGCAGUCGGGCACGUCACAGCCGGAGCUGGACACCAUCGCAUGCUACUAUUUCGACGGGCAGGGGAAGGCGCUGCGUCCCAUGGUGACCAUGUUGAUGGCCAAGGCACUGAAUUAUCAUCUGAACAACGAGUCACACCAAUUAGUACACAAGCAACGACAGAUAGCCCUCUUCUCCGAGAUGGUGCACUCGGCCAGCUUAGUCCAUGACGAUGUCAUCGAUCAGUCGGACUUUCGGCGCGGCAAGCCCAGCGUCAAUGCUCUGUGGAAUCACAAGAAGGUCACAAUGGCUGGUGAUUACAUUUUGUCGAUUGCCUCGAUUAUGAUAUCGCGCCUGCGCAGCGACGAUGUGACGAUCGUCUUGAGUCAGAUUUUGACCGAUUUGGUUCAAGGAGAGUUCAUGCAGCUGGGCUCGAGGGAAACGGAGAACGAGCGCUUCGCGCACUAUCUGACCAAGACAUACAGGAAGACCGCAUCGCUGAUUGCCAAUGCGUUGAAGGCGACCGCUGUUAUCGCCCAGGCCGAUGAUAAUGUGGCGGAGGUGGCAUUUCAAUACGGACGGAAUAUCGGGCUGGCCUUCCAGCUGGUGGACGACAUGCUGGACUUCGUCUCCUCCACAGAGCAGAUGGGCAAGCCGACGGCAGCUGACUUGAAACUGGGCCUGGCCACGGCGCCGGUUCUCUUUGCAUGCGAAAAGUAUCCCGAGCUCAAUCCGAUGGUGAUGCGUCGCUUCAGCGAACCGGGCGAUGUGGAGCGGGCCUUCGAGCUGGUUCACAAAUCGCAUGGACUCGAGCAGACGCGCUUCCUGGCCAAGAAGCACUGCAACGAAGCGAUACGGCUGGCCCAGGAGCUGACGGAGUCGCCCUACCAGAAGGGCCUCCAGGUCGUCGCCGACUUAGUCAUCAAUCGCAUGAAGUAGAGUCCACCAGACAUCUAUACAAAUUAAUAUAUAUAUAUAUAUGUAUACAUAGUCCUAAGUUAGAAGCAGGCAGACAGCACCUAAUGCUAGAUAAGUCAGCGAAUGGGAGCGACAAUUAAACAUUUGUAAAAAGAAACUAGAAAAUCUACAAAAAAA